CUUUCGUUGGAGAACGACACUUAGAAAAUUUUCGUUCAAUUUUUUAGCCGGAAUGAACGGGGAAGCCAUUCAACACACCGCUCCAUUACAAAAACCGAUGAGAGAAGUGGCAUCUGGAGAUGAUGACCCAGUUCUGGCCCAGGCGAAACUAAAGCCGGUCGGGAGCGAAGGCCCCGAUAGGAAAAAGAUCAAGUUUGGAUCGACCCAGAAUGAUGGAAGGUUCUUGCACAGUCCACCCAAGCAAGGCAUGCCAAAUGCUUCUGGAGAUUUGUCUCCUUAUAGAUCUCAUGUCAACUCUGCUAUGAAGAAGGAACCACAUCAAACUCCUAUAAAGCAAUCACCCUUAAACAGAAGUCAGAAUGUGGAAAAUGUUGCUCUUAAAAAGGAACCUGUCACACCAAUAAAACAAGCGCAGUCUGCAUUAAGUCAAGUAGAAAGUGAUGAUGAUGAUGAUGAUGUACCAUUGAUUGCAAGAGCCCAGAACAAACCUUCAGCAGCAAAUGCAAAAGGUUCAUCUGCAAAACCUGUGAAAUCUGCUUUAAACAGUGUUGUGGCAGAGAAGAGCAAAGUUGUCAAACCUAAAAAAAGUGAAAAGAUGAAAGAUGGGAAGUCAUUGAAAAACGAUAAGAAAGUAGACAAAAAAGUGGAUGGGGUGAAAAAGAAUGAUGUGAAGAAAGUAAAGAAAGUAGACAGUGAAAAAGUUGGAAAGAAACAAGUUGAUAAUGAUUAUGAGGAGCCUUUGCCUGCAAAAUUAAGUACCCCUAAAGACAAGAAACCUGCAAAGUCUUCUGUAUCAUCUGCUACAAAGCCAAAGGACUCUGCCUCUCGCAAAAGAAAGAAGAGCGCUGGCUCUGGAAGUGACAGUGAAGAUGAUUAUAAACCUUUGGCCAAGACUGCUAAGAAAAGUACUCCAAAGUCAGCAAAGAAGGAGGACAAGGGAGGCUCUGUGAAAAAGAAGGUUAAAAAAGAAGGAAAGGGUGUGAAAGAAGAAAAAAAGGGAAAGGAAAAGGGAACAAAGAAGAAAGAAGAGGAGAAGGAAGUGUGGAAAUGGUGGGAAGAAGAGCAACUUCCUGAUGGUGUCAAGUGGCUUCAUUUGGAACAUAAGGGUCCUUAUUUCCCACCUCUGUAUGAGCAGCUGCCUUCUGAUAUCAAGUUUUAUUAUGACGGAAAUCACAUGGAACUUAGUUUGGCAGCAGAAGAGGUGGCAUCAUAUUAUGCCAAGAUGCUUGACCAUGAUUACACCAGCAAAGAGAUCUUCAACAAGAAUUUUUUUGAAGACUGGAGGAAAGAAAUGACAAAUGAUGAGAGAAAGAUUAUCAAAGAUCUCAAAAAGUGUGACUUCAAAGAAAUGCAUGCAUACUUUGUUCAGAAAAAUGAGGAGAGGAAAAACUGGACAAAGGAACAGAAGCAGGUACUAAAAGAACAAAAUGAGGCCAUUCUGGAUGAAUAUGGUUAUUGUCUCAUGGAUGGACACAGGCAGAGGGUUGGCAACUUCAAGAUUGAACCUCCUGGUUUGUUCCGAGGGCGUGGUGACCAUCCUAAGCAAGGGAAAUUUAAGAAGAGAACUAUGCCUGAGGAUGUGAUCAUAAACAUUGGCAAAGGGGCCAAAGUUCCUGAACCACCACAAGGGCACAAGUGGCAAAAAGUUAUUCAUGACAACAAGGUUUCAUGGUUGGCUUGCUGGGUUGAGAACAUCCAAGGAAGUUACAAGUAUGUCAUGCUGAAUUCCACAUCAAGGUUAAAGGGUGAGAAGGACUGGCAAAAAUACGAAACAGCAAGAAAAUUAAAGGACUGCGUCGAAAAAAUCAGAGAAGACUAUCAACGGGAUUGGAAGGCCAAAGAAAUGAGACUACGACAAAGAGGUGUUGCUCUCUACUUUAUCGACAAGUUGGCUCUUCGUGCUGGUCAUGAAAAAGAUGAAGAAACUGCUGAUACUGUUGGCUGUUGCUCACUGAGAUUUGAACAUAUUAAAUUGCAUGAUGAGUGGGAAGACAAGGAGAAUGUCGUAGAGUUUGAUUUCCUUGGUAAAGACUCUGUUCGAUACUGGAACUUUGUGCCAGUGGAAAAGAAGGUUUUCAAGAAUCUUGCCAUUUUUAUGAAAGGAAAACAGAAUGGUGAUGAUCUUUUUGACAGAUUAUCUACAACUUCUUUGAACAAGUACUUGUCAGAGCUGAUGGAUGGACUUACAGCAAAGGUAUUCAGAACAUUCAAUGCCUCCAUGACACUCCAAGAUCAACUAAACAAGUUAACAGAAGCUGAGGACAAUGUCAAUUCAAAAGUGUUGACAUACAACAGAGCAAACCGUGCUGUGGCCAUCCUAUGUAACCAUCAGCGCACAGUCCCCAAGACCUUUGAAAAAUCAAUGUCCAAUCUACAAGAGAAGAUUGCUACAAAGAAAAAAGCAAUCAAGGAUGCAAAAAAAGAACUCAAGGUUUUGAAAAAUCAAGCAAAAGAAAGCAAAGAUGCAAAAGUGAUGAAGCAACUAGAGAAGAAAAAAACUCAGGUUCAAAGAUUUGAGGAUCAGCUGUUUAAAUUAGAGGUGACUGCAACAGACAAAGAAGAAAAUAAAGAGAUUGCACUUGGUACCUCAAAACUAAAUUAUUUGGACCCACGAAUUUCAGUGGCAUGGUGCAAGAAACAUGAGGUGCCAGUAGAGAAAGUUUACAACAAGACCCAACGUGAGAAGUUUGCUUGGGCCCUCGACAUGGCAGAAAAAGACUUUGUUUUUUGAUCCAGGCUUGUCAGUGAACACAGCUGGCAUAGUAAUCAUUCAAUUUUAGCCCACACACGCUUACAUUUGUCACGGUACUCAUUACAAUUUAAUUUGAUUAUAUUAUUAUUGUUACUAUACAUACAAUAUUCUGGAAAUGAUUUUUGAGAUUUUAGCGGUGGAUGAGAGAAAUACAAGAAAAAUGCAUCGAAUGGGAACAGAAACUUAAAGUCUGGGACAAUAUCUAAGUUCCAUUUGUAUAUUAGUAUUAGUUAAUUAAUUAACAAUUAUUUAUUUUUAAAGGAAAUUCUAUUUUACAGUAGGAAACACUAGAAUGUGUUUUUGAAUGUCCUGCAGUGAUGAAGUUUUGCAUUCAUUAAAAAUGCUAUUUCAGGGCUGUCGUUUUUCCUAAAAAUGUGUGUAAUUUUCGAAAUAACAACAGAAAUACAACUGCAUCUUUUUCUCAAAGCUUAAAUCCAAUGAAAGUUAUCUCUGCUUUGAAAGUUAGGUUCUAUAACCUUGUUACCAGAGCCUUACUCUUGGAAAGGGAGAGAAGUUUGGGAACAAGCCAGGGUAGUACUUUUGCCUUUAUGAUUGGUUGCAUGAAGAGCUUAGAGAACUUGCCAAUCAGUGGAAAUGUUCCAUGUUUCUUUGUGGGUGCAGAAUGUGUAGGGAAGUUUUGAUUUGACUCUCAAGCCUUUGUGGAAAAUAUGACUGCAAUUUGGGUCAUCUGAUCAGUUCCUGGUUUGUGAUACCAUCAUUUUAAAACCUUAGAAUGCCUCUUUUUCAUACCAAUUACUUUUUCUCUCUUGUAAGUAGUUUUCAAUUUGGCAUUUUCAACUUGGGUAGGUAGAGAAUGCCAAUCUGUAGGAACAUUCAAGACUGUAACAUUCAUAAUUACGUAUUAUGGGAUCAAAACAAAUUUUUUGUCUUGAGAUCUCAAUGAAAAUGUCACAAUUAACUUCUCAAUUUGUCACGCUUUUACCUGUAUUAAGAAGCUUUUUGGAACUUUAUUGGUCAUGUAUUCCACAUACAAUUUUUUUGAGAUUUAAAUAAUACUUAGAGACAAGUAAUCUGAUGAAAAUAUUAAGUUAUUGAAUAGUGGAAGUUGCACAGAUCUCUUAGAGAAAUGAAGUUAAUGUACCUAGUCUACUCGUUUCUGGCACUUCAUCUGCAACAUAUUCCAAGUGCAUUUUUUGGUUCAGUGCUGGUGUUAAACAUCUUGACAUAUUUUGCACCUUGGAUUUGUAGCACAAAGUGUUGAAAAAUAGUUUAAUCACUUUUAAUUCAUUGUAAUUAUCUUGACAACCUUCACAACAUGCAAUUAUGAUAUAGGUAGGAUAAUUUCUAGCCCAUACAACUUAAGACUUCUCCGAUAUCCUGUUAAUCCUGAAAUACUAUUUUAGCACAUUUGAUGUUCAGAUUAUAAUUGCACUGUUAUAUUCUCUUGGCAAGACAAGGACCAGAGAAAAUGUUGUACUUAGAUUUUGCCUUAGUGUGAAAUGAUUUUUAGGUAGACAGCCAAAAGCUUCCAUUAGAUUCAAGUUUAAGCCUUUUAGAAUUUUAGAUCUUAACCAUUGAGAAAAUCCUGCCCACUGAAGCAGUGCCUGGCACUGUGGGAUACAUGAAGGCUUCAAAAUAAAGAUUUUAGCCUGUUCUUUCA